UCCCUCUCAUAUUUUUCUGUUGCCACUUCUUCUCUGAACCAGUCCGCUUCCUUCGUCGACCAACCGGAUUCAAACCAUAUCUCGAAGAGUGGAGCGGGAAUAGGUCCCUUCACUCAUUAUUCCCCCGCCUGCCUUUGGUCCGAAGGAUGAUACCUCGACAUUGUACGAUCAUAGGGACUGGUCAGUGAACAGUGCUCCUCGGUAACCUUUGAAGCGACCUUGGAAAGCGAGAGCGCAAAGUGAACACUGGCCAUUUACUUGGGAAACCUUGAAGUUUUGCACGGCAGGUGUGUUAUAAAAGAAACUGAUGGCUGCAGGAAUUCCCGAACUCUUCCCUCUUCUCUCUCCUUUACCACGAAACUCCUCAACUGUAAUUUGCACAUAUCUAGUAUGCGUGUCUCAUCCACCCAACCCGAUACUCUGAGCACCGGUGGUCACUCAGCAUCCAACAGCAUGGACAGCUCGGCUACCCGACCUUAUUCUGUCGCCACUGGCGCAUCAGAGGCUUUUGACGAGCUUUUGAAGCAAUGCAAAGGUCAAAUCCCCAAAGAGUUUGGCUCCUAUUCCGGCAACGUUACGUUCGUUCCUUCCAACCAUGGGGAUCAAGUGUACUUCCCGAGCCCUUGCCGAGAACAAGAUGCCAUAGCAUCCAUCAAGGCCCUUGAGGCAUGUGCUGCUGCUGCCAUUGGCGACCUUCGUCAUGGAAAGAACUCACGAUCGAUCAAAGUGGAUCUCGACAAGGCAGCCUGCUUCCUAAUGUCGGCUUACCUUGCUACCAUUGACGGCAAGCGCAAGGGUCAGACUCCGAAGGGGUUGAUUCCAGACACCGACUUCAACCAGGCUCAGUCCAUACAGUAUCGUCGACUUUCCGCGAAUCUCUACGAGACCAAGGAGGAUGGCAGAUACUACCAUAUCCAUGGCUCACUCGACGCUACUACUCAACUCCGCAUGAUCGGCCUUCCGCCUUUUAAUCCCCGAUUGACCGACUAUCAAAAGUGUAUUGACACAAUUGAAGCCGCCGUGAAGAGAUUUACUGUCGCGGAACUGGAGGAUAUGAAUAGCAAGCACGGACAAGCUGGUGUGGAGGCCCUUAAGUGGGAAAAUUUCCUGGAAACCACUCACGGAAAGGUCAUAUCGGCAUUGCCUCCUUUCACAGUCAAGGCCAUCAAGGUACAGCAAACGACGGUACCGGAAACUCCGCCACACACACCCACGGAGACGAAUUUCCAAAGCCAUCUCUGGCCGAAGAUGCCCGCAAAUGUCUCUCAGUACGCUUUGCGUGGCAUCAAAGUCAUCGAGAUGUGCCGCGUCAUAGCCGGUCCGACCAUUGGCCGCUCACUUGCCGCCCACGGGGCUCAAGUGCUCAAGGUGACCGGCCCCAAACUUCCUGAUGUGCCCUUCUUCCAAGUCGACGUCAACACCGGGAAGCACACUACCCAUCUUGAUCUUCGCAACCAGAGUGAUCUCAAAACAUUUCAGAACCUACUCGCCGAAGCCGACGUUCUCAUCGACGGAUACCGGCCCGGCGCCCUCGCCAAAUUUGGCUGCGACCCUCAAUCGCUGGCCAAACUAGCCCAGCAGCGCGGGAACCACGGCUUCGUCUACGUAGCCGAAGAUUGCUUCGGCGGAACAGGUGUACCCGGAGCCGAAUGGGCCGGUCGUCGCGGCUGGCAGCAGAUCGCUGAUUGCGUCACGGGCGUCGCGUGGGCUCAGGGCCAGUUCAUGGGACUAGAAAACGAGCCCAGCGUGCCGCCCAUGCCCAUGUCAGACUACGGCACUGGCGCGUUGGGUUGCGUGGCCGCCAUGGCAGGCCUGUACCAGCGCGAGACUAAGGGCGGGUCGUGGAUGUGUCGGACCAGUCUCUGCCAGUAUGACAUAUUCUUGCUCAAGCUGGGAAUGCUUCCGCUUCAGGAGCAGGAGCGUCUGAGAACGGUGUUCGCGGGCCCGUUCUUCAAGUUGCGACAUUAUGACUCUGUCGACAAGGUCAGUGGAGAGGCGCUCAAGGCUAUGCAGCGCGCGUACCCGCAUCUGUUUGGGCCGGAUUUGAUGCUGAAGGCGAAGAGCAAGGGCUUCAAUGGCAAGGAUAUUCGCUGGCCGAAGGAGGCGAUCGAGGUGGAAGGACUGCUAAUUCAGCAUGUGCGUGCCUCAAGGCCGAAUGGGUUUGACAGGCCUGGCUGGGAGGGCUGGGAGACUGAUUUGAUCAUGGAUGGUGAGGUGGAUUUGGCUGAAGAUAAUGCCGUCUUCACCAACACCAGUGUUACACCUGCGCCGAGAGAGGAACAGCAUCAACAACAGGCCGGAAGUGGAAGCAUGAACUCAGUCCCGCAGCGUCGUAACAGGAUUGCGACAAUGAACACUGUUCUCGCCACGGCCUAGGAGGAGCGUGUGAGGGGUGGUUCUGAGUCUGCAAAAUGAAGCGCAAUUUUGAGAGGAGGGAGGAGGGGGGGUGUAUUUGGAGUCGUCGAAGGACAUCCUGACGGGAGAGAGGAUGGUGGAGGAUCGAUUGUGUGCGUUUCCAAAAUCCUUGGCGGCUGAGCGUUGCUUUCUAUCAUGACUGUUUAUAGUAUUUCAAGCCAACAAAUCAGUAGGCAAGGUCAGCUAGAAGAAGUCUACCAUUUUUCAUGAAAAAGAGGCAGACAUUCGGUUCCGUCAGUGUGGUGGAAGAGGGACACUUGAAAUGGGUUUAUAUGUCAAGUUAUCGCUACCUAGGUAAUGUUCUUCACUUCGGAAACGGAUGUUGUUAAUGCUAUGAGCGAGAUUCUGUCCGCCAAGC